GGCGUAAUUCGGGUACAGUGUGACAGUGGAUAGCAUUCUGCACGGACGGCAGUGAAAUAUGGUUCCCGCAAAAUUUCUUGUGAUUUUUGUUCUGUGUUUUGGUAUUUCUGAUGCAUAUUUUUUGAAGAAGCUAUUAAAAGAAUUGUCAGAUGGAGACGAGGAUUAUUUUCAAGAGGAAAUUGGGACCAAAACCGACUCCAUUGGUAGUGAAUUACUAAGACGUGAUGAUGGGAACAGUUACUAUGAUGAUAAUGUUACAGAUAGCCCAACACAAGAUGAGGGUGUGGAUGAUCCUGCAAAAGAAGAGGAAAAGUUGGAAGAAGAAAGCAGUAAUGGCGGUCAGCUUUUGGACAAUGAGAAUGUUGACCAAGAUUCAACCCUAGCCAAGUUGAUAGCAUCAAUGGAUGUUAUAGUUCAUGGACAAGACGAGAAGCCAAUGGGAAUGCAUCCAGAAUCAGACCAAAAACAAAAGGAAGAUUCGUUAGAUAAACACAAAUAUACGCCUGAACAGGUGAUGGAAAGAGCUCUUGGACUAGAAAAUGACAAUGAAUUCAAGAGAAAUUUUAAGGUUGAUAGUAGAUUAUGGGAGGAUGGCAUUGUACCAUAUACCAUUGUUGGUAGUUUAACAAAUUCUGACGAGAUGGUGAUAAUUGAGAAGGCAUUUGAAGAAUUGAAAAAGAAGACCUGUAUACAGUUAGUUCCCAAAGGCAGCGAUAAAACUCAGGGUCUCAGUCACAAAUCAUACGUAGAAUUUAAUCCAAAAAGCGAUGGAUGUUCAUCCUAUGUGGGAAGAAUAUCACCUGGUAAACAAGAGAUUAUUUUAGAAAAUCCAGGCUGUGUGGAACAUUCCAUAGUUCUACAUGAAAUCAUGCAUGCUAUUGGGAUGGAACAUGAACAGAGCAGGUCGGAUAGAGAUAAAUUCAUCAAAAUCUUUAACAAAAAUAUCAUAGAUGGUUGGCAUGAACAAUUUUCCAAAGAACAAACUUCAGAUACUCGGCCUUACGAUGCUGAAUCCAUUAUGCAGUAUAACCUGUAUUCUGCUGGGAAAACAAUUGGAGGUAAAGCAUCCAAAACUAUGGGGCUUGUUGAGAAACAACUUGAAUUUCUAGCUGACCUUAAUUCUGGACUGGAUUUCUAUGACGUGGCCGAUAUCACUGAUGCAUAUCAAUGUGCAGCUCAUUGUGAAGGAUCAUCCCGACCAAAAUGUGAAAAUGGUGGAUUUGUUGACCACAACUGUAAAUGUUUCUGUCCAUCUGGUCUGAAAGGAGAUCUCUGCCAAACUGUAGAAACAUCAUCAGCAUGUGGAGGUAUUGUCUAUGUAUCCGAGUCAAAGGUCACAGAGAUAAGAACACCUAACUGGCCAUCACCCUAUCCUGCGGGAACAAUGUGUACAUGGUUGAUUAAGGCUCCAGAUGAUAUGUUAGUAAAGUUAACAGCAGAUGAUCUUGAUCUGCCAUACAACAGUCUUAACAGAUGUUACCAUUGGAUGGAAGUAAGGUACAAUCUGAUUGGUCAACUUGGUGUCAAGAUUUGUGGUGAGAUUAAAGACAAGACAUGGACUACAACCCCAUAUGGUGAAUCGAACUUGAUGAUGGUGAGGCUUGAUGCUAAAUUUGCAGAAGAUAAAGAUGCUGGGAAGGGAUUCAGCAUCAGUGCCACAGCUACCCCCAAACCUGUAGAAGAUAAAGAUGCAGGUAAGGGAUUCAGCAUCAGUGCCGCGGCUACCCCAAAAUCUGUAGUAGAAGAUAAAAGUGAGAUUGUUUUAGAUAAAAGCGAGAUUUGUACAUUUGAGCCUCCGUCUGAUGGUUGUUUCUUUGACGCAGAUGGCAACUGGUUUGUGGGAGAGGAUGCAUCACCAUCAGACUAUGGACCAUCAUCUGCAUAUGGUGGACAGUUUUAUGCCUAUGUAGAUGGAAGUAAUGGACAGGAGGCUGCUAAAAUGACAUAUAAAGUUCCAUCAACCAUGGAUUAUUGCCUAAGCUUUGCCUACUACUUGUCUGGAGGCAAAUUAGAAAUACAAAGUGAGGAUGCAAACUAUAUUUAUGAUGUUUGGACGGCACAAGAACAGGGAGAUGGUUGGCAAAAAGCCAAAGUUGACAUCGAUGCUAAGAUGGGUGAACUUAUUCUUAUUAUUGCUGAAACAGAAUCUGAUUAUACAAGUGACAUAGCAAUAGAUGAUAUAGUCAUGAAAGAGGGAGUCUGUUGAUUCUGGAAGACUCAAAAGCUCAAUAGUGAACUUAAAACUGGAAUUUUGGUUAAUAAAUGCAUGAUCAAUGAACUCAGCCUGGUCAUCAAUAUCUUGAAAGAUCACUAGGCAGAAGGAAUACAUUGAUUGACCAACCAGACUUCUGCUUUCACUUUGCUAUAUUUGUCUUGUCUGUAUUUGUAUGAAUUGAUAUAUAUACUGUUAUUAUUUAUAUCUGUUUUGUCAAAAUGUGCUGUCCAAAAAAUAAAAUUUAUGUUUUGUUGCAA